AGGGACAACUGCAAAUUAGACUAUUUCUCCUAAAUAAGCUAGUAGCUAAAUUAGGAGAUUUUUAAUAGCUUAACUUAGAGAGAAUAGUCUAUUUAGGAGAUGGAAAUUUUUAAUCGACGAUAUCUUCGCAAUCUUUGUUGGUCGCGCGAUUAUUUUUACUGUACUACUUGCUGACUUAGUCAUCUUUGCUUAGGUGAAAUUUCAUAGAAUUUGCAUGGCGGAUAUAAAAGUUAUACAUGAAAGCGUGCCCACCAACUAAACUCGUUUCCAAUCGACUAGAAAUUAUAUCUCUGUGACUAGAACAAGGUCCGGGGCGAGAUUGUCCAAAUAGCUUAUUUAGUCUAUGAUAGCGUAAUUAGGACAUCAUAGCCUAACUAGUAUAUUAUUUUCCCGCAAAAAAACUGAAGGUUUCGCGCCACAAGUUUCCUUUUUCAUUAUUAUUGAACUUAUUAGAAAGUAACAUACACGUCUUAAAAAAUGGCUAGUUUAGACAAUGCUGAACGAAAGUUGUAUGCUGAUAGAUACUGUGAGUAUCGUACUCGCCAAGUUUGGCACAGUGAGCACGAACGUGAGUUUUUUAUUGCGUUUUGUGUGAUAAAUGGUUAUCAUCAUUUUCAAGUUAGACCUUUAAUUGGUAUGGAAAUGCCAAUGACACUAGUUCGGGAGCCAGAAAAUGUAUAUGACAGCAAUGCAAUUAAAGUAGUUAUCCCGUCCAUACAUGAACUGAAUCACGAACUUUUGGAUAUCGUCGUUAGAGAACGCACAGGGGAAACUGUUAGGCGCAUAGCUGGGCGUACUGUUGGCCGAGUUCCAAAAGUUAUUGCUGGGAUACUUUCACCAGCUAUUGACAGUGGAAAAAUUCGUCAGGCUACAGCGUUUUAUACAGGUGGCAUGUUACACGGGGACCAUCCAACAUUAGGAAAAGGACCUAAGUUAGAGUGCAUGUAUUGUUUUGAAACAGACAGUUGUGACACUGUAACUAACGUAAUUUCUGAAAUAGGAAGAGUGACACAAGUAACAACACUGUAAUUAUUGAGUUUUAUUGAAUUUUAUUAGG